AUGGCCAUCUCGGAUGGUGCUUCGUCCAUCUCGGUCACAGUGCGAGUACGGCCUUUCACCAUCAGAGAGGCUGCACAAUUGACAAAAUGCGAUGAUACUACCAUAUUUCUUGGCGAUGGCUCUCUGGCAGCAGCACCAACACCAAAGUUGUCGAAGAAGGGCCUUAGAUCCAUUAUCAAAGUUGUGGAUGACAAGUGCUUAGUAUUCGACCCUCCUGAAGAUAAUCCCAUCCAGAAGUUCUCGCGCUCGGUAGUGCCUACGGGCAAGAAAGUCAAAGACCAAACAUUCGGCUUUGAUCGCAUCUUUGACGACAGUGCCUCGCAGGCGGACGUGUACGAAGCGACGACGAAGCCACUGUUGGAUAGUGUGCUGGACGGCUACAAUGCUACAGUCUUCGCUUAUGGCGCUACUGGGUGCGGAAAGACACAUACAAUCACGGGCACGAUCUCGCAACCUGGUAUAAUAUUUCUGACCAUGCAAGAGUUAUUUGAGCGUGUAGGAGAGUUGUCGAAUGAGAAGGUCACAGAAAUCUCGUUGUCCUAUCUAGAGAUCUAUAACGAGACCAUACGCGACCUGCUUGCACCAGAUGCCAAUCCGAGAGGAGGACUAAUGCUGAGAGAGGAUACCAAUCAAGCCGUCUCCGUGGCUGGCCUGUCAAGCCAUCAUCCACGCAACGUUGAGGAAGUCAUGGAUAUGAUUAUGCGAGGCAACCAGCUAAGAACUAUGUCCCCAACCGAAGCCAACGCGACGUCCUCCCGGUCACACGCUGUCCUGCAGAUCAACGUAGCCCAGAAAGAUAGGAAUGCCAGCGUUCAAGAGCCACAUACGAUGGCAACUCUGAGCAUAAUUGAUCUGGCAGGUAGUGAACGAGCAAGUGCCACCAAAAACAGAGGAGAACGGUUGCUCGAAGGUGCCAACAUCAACAGGUCUUUACUGGCGCUUGGCAGCUGCAUCAAUGCCUUGUGCGAUCCACGAAAGCGAAACCACGUCCCAUAUCGCAAUUCGAAACUCACUCGAUUGCUCAAGUUCUCCUUGGGUGGAAAUUGCAAAACGGUUAUGAUUGUGUGUGUGAGCCCUUCGAGCGAGCAUUUCGACGAAACACAGAACACUUUGAGAUACGCCAACCGAGCGAAGAACAUACAGACAAAGGUUACCAGAAACGUGUAUAAUGUGAAUCGUCACGUCAAAGAUUUCUUGGUAAAGAUCGACGAGCAGAUAGCGCUCAUCAAUGAGUUGAAAGCGCAAGCCAAGGAUCACGAGAACCUUGCUUUCGCCAAGUUCAAGAAGCAAAACGAGAAGAAAGAGACGGCUGCUCGAGAAGGCAUAAUUCGCAUCCGCAACGCUUUUGACCAUUCAAGCACGGAGCGGCAGGAACGUCUCAAUAACAUGGUUAAACUGCGCCAAAUCGGUCGACGCAUUUCUAUGUUAUCUUCCUGGAUUGCUGCUUUCGACGCCGUUGCAGACAUGUUGGAAAACGACGAGCAUUUACACAAUCUGCAAGCUGUUCGCAAAACAGCCCAGGGCAUAAUGGCCGAGCUAGAGUCUGGACGUCACCACUGCCAGCAGAAAGUGAACAAGAACAACUGGGAACGAGGUCUAAAUUCAGCACUAGAGUUUGGUGUGACUCAACUGAAGGAAUUCGAUACAGGCGAUAUGCUUGAUGCUUCGACGUUGAGCAGAGAAGUCGAGCUAUUGAAAGCCAAUGCGGAACGGGAGGCGUUAAUAGCUGUUGCUGACCAUGAUAAGCUCGGCGAUGCUGUUACUGCGCAAGUACUGCUCCAGGCUCAUUUUGAGACCAUUGCAGCCAUCAAUCAGAUGAACAAAAUGAGUGUGGAUGAAGCAGUGGAGAAAGCGACAGCAAUUCUGAAUAAGAUGCUCAGUAGCGCUACCAGCGCGGUCUCACACGUGGUCAAGCCAGAUGGAAGUCUAGCUCCAGUAGAGGCCUUUGCUCCACGAAAAGCAGGUACACCAAAGCGUCGGAAGCGUUUCACCUCGCCUGUUGAUGAUAGUAUUGGACCAGCAGUCACCGGUUUGACGACCGCGCCUCAUCUAGGGGGCACUCCACUGCGAGCAUCUCCACGGAAGCGUGCAUUGCUAGGAAGUGCUAAGAAGGGCGUUCAGCUCAACUUUACACCGAAGAAGCGCAAGUCACCAGUCAAAGGGACGAAGCGUGCUGUGCGAUGGAAAGACGAUACUGAAGAUGGGGCGCUCGCCGAGUAUGAGAAGACACCACAAAAGUUUACGCCAUCUCCAGUGGAAGAUUCCACGACUGAUCUACCAGACGUGCCUCAGCUAGCAGAGAUAUCGUCCUUCGCACAAAGAAUGGAGGACAGCACUUCACCUCAAUCAUCACCAAUUCCAACAGCACCAGAAUCCAUGUUUGGCAUAUCGUCCACAAACGAUCGGUUCAAGGCGGGCUUUCUUUCUAAGAAACUAGAAGGCUCGCCGAAUGUAUCAGUAAUGCCGGCUCCACCUCAGAUCACGCUUUUAUCGUCGUCGGAUAACGAGCAAUCUCCACUUCGAGAGGUGCAAGGCAAUGCUGGCGGCUGGAAGUCCGCAUCGGUGUCACCUGAACAGGAUGAGGACAGCACACCUGCCGGCAGUUCGGAUGCUGAGAACCAGGAUCCAUCGAAUUUGACAUCCAAACUGGGCGCUUUGAAAAUCAGAAAUGCAGUCGCACGCUCAUCUUCCGUGAGGACUUCUGGCUUCUCCAAGAGCCACCGCCGAAGAUCGCCCACAGCGGCAACGGCGUGUUCGCCACCAGGGACGGGAGACAUGUUCGGCGCAGGCCAUGUUAGAAGAAUGGUCAUGGCACCACCAGGCAAGAGUGAAGGCUGGAAGGCAGGAGUUUUGAGUCCCAGAACUGAAGGAGUGGCUGUACAUCACCGGGCUGCCUCGGGUAGCGGUCGAAGGACAACAAUGGGAGGGGGAGAAGGCAGCCACAGUCGUGGGAUGACUGUGGGGGAGAGAGCAGCGAUAAGGUUGAGUAGUGUCAACCACAAUCACUCACGGGAGAAGGAGAAUGUUGGAUUUGCGUCAGGCGUUCGGACAAGCUUGAUGCCUGGAAGCAAAAACACAUGGCGCUGA